AUGAACACUAAGCUGUUAUUCAUCUUCUCCAUCACAUGCUUGUGCAUACUUUCUUCCUCCAACGGGAGGACUGGUCCCGACGACGGUCUUCCCGUUCGAGCGGUGAAUCUUGGCGGGUGGCUUGUUACCGAAGGCUGGAUUAAACCCUCCCUUUUUGACGCCAUCCCCAACAAAGACCUAUUAGAUGGAAGUAGUGUGCAGUUGAAAUCUGUGACAGUGGGAAAGUAUUUGUGCGCCGAAACAGGUGGAGGAACAAUUAUAGUUGCAAAUAGAAGCGCUGCCUCUACUUGGGAAACCUUCAGUUUAUGGAGGAUUAACGAGACGACUUUCAACUUGAGAGUUUUCAACAGACAAUUUGUGGGAUUAGACAGCCAUGGAAAUGGGGUUGAUAUUGUAGCCGUAGCAAAUGCACCUUCUCAAAUUCAGACAUUAAUUCAUGUUGUCAGAAAUCCCAAUGAUUUGAAACGUGUUCGAAUUAGAGCCUCCAACGGCUUCUAUCUUCAGAUAGUGGAAGAUGAUUUCAAAUUCAUAAAAGAGAAUGGACUGAACGCAGUGAGAAUCCCUGUAGGUUGGUGGAUUGCUAGUGACCCCAAUCCACCUAAACCUUACGUCGGUGGAUCAUUGCAAGCUCUUGACAAUGCCUUCUCGUGGGCCGAAAAAUACGGAAUGAAGGUGAUAAUCGAUUUGCACGCUGCACCGGGCUCCCAGAAUGGCUGGGAGCACAGUGCCUCUAGAGACAGGUCACAAGAAUGGGGACAAACAGAUGAAAACAGCCAACAAACCGUUGAUGUCAUAGACUUCCUAACUGCUCGGUAUGCAAACAGCCCGAGCCUAUUUGCAGUGGAGUUGAUGAACGAGCCUCUUUCACCGGGAGUGACACUGGAUAGUCUAACCAAGUACUACAGGGCUGGUGUGGAAGCUGUACGGCGCCAUUCGCAGACUGCCUACGUCGUGCUGGCCGACAGAUUAGGAGCACAUGAGCCUAGAGAGCUCCUGGAUUUCGCUAAAGGAUUUACCAAAGUGGCCAUCGACGUCCAUCACUACAAUCUCUUUAGCCCUAUGUUCGAAAACCUAAGUGUUCAACAGAACAUCGAUUAUGUGAACAUUAAUCGGGCCCAACAAUUGAGCCACAUCACUGACCCAAACGGCCCUCUUGUUUUCGUCGGGGAAUGGACGGCGGCGUGGCGAGUUAAGGACGCGAGCAAGGCGGAUUACGAGAGAUAUGCGGCGGCGCAGCUGAGGGUGUUCGGGCAGGCACAGUUUGGGUGGGCUUAUUGGACUCUCAAAAAUGUGAAAGAGCAUUGGAGUUUGGAGUGGGUGAUCAAGAAUGGGAUUAUUAAGCUUUGA